CUGCAAGAAUCGCAAAAAAAAAGUAUUAAAAACAACCAAAACAAGCGCAGAAUUUUCAAUUUAAUCGCCCUGCUAACAUGCAACAACCACGCCCCCCUCCACUGUGACAAUGGCCACGCCCCCGCCCACUUUCGCAGCGGACGCGGCCGAAAGCGCUGUGGAUGCGGCUGGUGACGCAGAAAUGGAUGGAAUGUUACAAAAUCUGCAGCAGAAGCACCGCCAACAACAACAACAACAACUAGCAAGGGAUUCCCUGCUCGCGGAUCUGCGAAGAUCCACGAAUCUCUGGUUCCGGGCCAAAUCCACGGACGGACUGCAGCUGUUGGCCCAAACUUGCACCCGGAUUCUGCAACACGGACUGUUGCAGCCCGUGGAACUUCAACGACUGUCGGACGACUUUGAAUUUCUGCUGGCGAGUGCGGGCAAACAGCAGCCGCAUCCGCAGGCCAAGCCGCCGCCGCCUUAUCGUCGGGAUUCCUCGGGAGGAAGUGCCUCAGUGGAGGAGUUCCUCGGCGAGUGGACCACCCGCUGCCUGCGAGCCCGCUGCCUUUCGCAGUGCCUGCAAACGCUGGUCUCCGAUCCGGAGCUGAUGGAGCUCUACUAUCCCAGUGAAGAGGCCUUUCUGCGACGAUCCAGUGACGCCACCGCCUUGUUCGUUUGCCUCACCGCCGUCCAGCUCAAUCAGAGCGGCCUGCUGGGCCAGCUGGAGGUCAGGCAUCAGCUGCGCCAUCGACGCACCUGCUCCCAGCCGAACUUUAGCAUCUCUCCGAAACUGCAAGCGGUGCCGGAGGAGAGGCUGCAGAAACGCAGCUUUAUCAGGCGAUUGAAGAGCCUACCAAAUCUCAGUCAAGAGGACGAAGAGCUGGAGGAACGCACCUCCGUCAGGCGGCGCUGCCAAACGUUCAGCAGCUCCAGGAGCCACAAACUGAGGCAGGACUACCCGGAUGCGCCAUCCAGCAGUUCCUGCUCCUCGAAUGACAGUCCCAAACGCAUUCAGCUCAUAAACUGUGACGACAUAAAGAUCUGGACCGAUCAAACGUCCCAGGACUUGCCGCAGGCAACGCAGAAUAGGCAGAUGCCGGAGGCACCCAAAGCUGGCUCCUCGGUGGGCAGUUAUCUGGGCAGUUUCUUUGGCUCGGCGCCCCUGCACACCAGUUGGUUUCAGCGGGGCUUGGGCGAGGACCAGAAUUCCUUCGGAGAUGGAGGCGUGUUGGACACCUUUCUGCCGGUCAAUGGCCGAAAACUGAAGAAGCAACACACCCUUUUCGAGGGCGUCAGUAUGCUGGAUGAGGCUGCUUCGUCCACAAGCUGCGUAUCGUCGGCUCCCUGGGAUAUUCAAGGAUCGAGUACGACUUCCACGACGGCCUCCAGUUCGGUGAGCAUUACGCCGGGCAGCGAUAAGAUGGACCAGCAAUCGCUGGCCUCGUUCCUGCAAAUGUCCCGGCAGACGCACAACAAUACGCAGCUGGAGAAGGAGAACGCCCACUUCAGGAUUUCGGAGGCCUGCAUCACGGCCAUAGAGCAUGUGAAGUGGAGCAGGAGACUGGCCCGACCAGCGGGACCGGCAAACACGAAUCCCUCGGAACCGAACCUCAUGCCCUAUGUGGAGCAGAUUCCCGGCGGCGUCCAGAAUCACAGUGCCGAGGCGGUGGGUCUCCAGCUGAUAUCCCGCUUCAGUGAGCAGCAGUUGCCGCGACUGGGCCACCUGAAGUGGCUCGUUUCCGAGGAGGAGGCACCGCAGCAACUGCUGCCCCUUCCCACGCCCAAACAGGAUCAGGAGCAGGCCAGCCUGACCAGGGGCACCUCCAGUUGGGCGCCGCCGCGUCAGCAGAUCAUAUUCACCGAACAUCCCUCGGAGAAUCGUUCCAAGCUGCUGCAGAGGCAGAACAAUCGCUGUGCCGGCUGUGGGAUGCGGGUGGCCAAGCAUCUGCAGCAGCACUUUCGCUACUGCAGUUACCUGGGUAAAUACCUGUGCACCGGCUGUCAUCGCAACCAGAUUUCCGCGAUUCCCGCCAGGAUCCUCCGCUCCUGGGACUUCCGCUGCUAUCCGGUCUGCUCCUUUGCCUACCGCCUCAUCGAACAGAUGUACGCCUUUCCGCUGUUCCACGUCCCGGAUCUGAACAGCCAACUCUACAAGCACAAGGAACUGGCCAGGGCCAGGCGCAAGAGGCUGCAGCUGCACGCGGUCAAGGGAUUCAUAGCCAACUGUCGAUUUGCAGCGAGGGAACAGUCGUUUUUCAAUGCCAUUCCGGUGCACAUUACCCAGGAUCCGGACAUGUGGUCCAUGUGCGAUUUCGUGGACGUGCAGAACACCAGCAUGAAUCGCUCCAUCAAGGAGGUGAUCGCUCUGAGUGAACAGCAUGUCCACAACUGCGUGCUAUGCACGGGUCGUGCCUUCGUCUGCGAGCACUGCAAGGGCGGUGAACUUAUCUAUCCAUGGCAGCGAAAAGUCCAGCGAUGCGAAAGGUGCGGAGCCUGUUUCCAUCAUGCCUGCUGGAAGAUCCGGAGUCGGAGUCGCAGCCACGCUGAUCCGUGUCCCAGGUGCUCCCGUCUGCAAAAUCGGGCCAGCUAGCAUCCGAUCAAAGUGGGGCUUAAAAACCGUAGGCGUGGAUAGAAAGUCUUGGAAACUAUGGGUCCAAUAUGACAUUAUCUAACUCCUUUUUUUUUUGUUUGCUACACUAAAAAUAUUAGUUUUACUAAUUAUAAUACCCUUUUUAUUGUAUUUGGUUCGGUGUUCAUUCGCCAAGACUCAAAUUCGGGCAAAUAAGCCUUAAAUAUUUUUUCUGAAACCUUUUCCGGCAACUGAAGCUUCAGAUUGCAACAGAAAACUGCUUAUUUAAAAAAUAGUAGAACAUGCGGUUAAAGAAGCUCGAACCUAAAGUUUCCAAGGCCGAAUGACACGUUCAGCCCCAAGUGAUUUCAUAUAUUUGCUUAAAAACUACAAUAAUUUAUACAACUACUGUACAUAACCAUGUAAAUUACCAAAACUGUUACGUGAAUCGUUUACCUCAAGCGAAAGAUGUGAACCCAUGUUGAUUUUAUACAUAUAUAACAACUACGAUACGAAUAUUUAUUGCAUACUGUAUUGUAUGAUUAAAGAUUUUAUUUUCUUAACUAGCA